AUGGUGGAAUCUCAACUUCCAUCGGACAUAGUGGUCCAGGCAUGCUGCAAAAGAUUGCUUCGAGCGGUGGAGGCUGUAGCUGCGGCCAGAGUUGCGCCUGCAGUAGGUCAUUUGCCUGGACAACCUCAACAACAUACCUCCGCGCAGAGUCUGGCGGCAAUCUUGGCGCCGACAAAAACAGCGGAUGUUUCGAGCUUGUUGGACAAGGCGAGCAUGAAAACCCUCAGUUUCGGACUGCAAGCGGAGCAGAGUCUAUGGAGCAGCAUGCUGGCGCACACAGAACAGUGCAAGGCGGCUGGAAAGACUCCCUUCUUGUUUGUAGACCUUACUGCCAAAGAGUCGUUGCCAAUGUGGCUCACUCCGGACCAAAUCGGUGGAAAAUUCCACCUUAGGGAUGAGCGAGAGUGGACGUUGGAAGGCGCACAAGCCAUAUCCAGCCUGCAAGAUCUGAGCAGAGCAUUGAAGAGUGCAACGGCAUCAGCCAGGUUUUUCAGGUCCAUGCCUCAAUGGCUUGGCGCAUUCCUCCGGUAUGCAGCAGUUGCCGUGGCCACUCAGCAGCUCACCUGGCCGGACGUCAUGGCCCACAUUGAUGUGGUGGCUCAGCUAUCAGAGCAAGAGCGACUCAAAGGACGUCCCCCGUUCCUGGCCUUUGUUUACGAAGAGCUAAUGCGUAAGAACUGGGCUCGCAGGGCAGAAAAAGGAGACCCAGAGCUAAACAUUGGCACGGCAAUUCAGAAGAUUGACAAAGACAUGCUAGACAUUUCUCGUCAUCGGCUUGCUGAAGUCUUGAAAGAUGCAGGCAUGGAGUCCCGUGAGGACAGCGCCCAAGCAUCAGGAUCCAGACCCGCGCCGGCGCAGACUACAAACAUUGCAAUGGAAAUGGUGGGCAGACAACUGUCCGCUGCAGAAGCUGCCCAGCGACAGGCCGAGAAAGUUUCCAAACAGCUGCUGGACACGCAGCAGGCUCUGUUGAAGAGAUCCCAGGCAAUGUCUGCUGACUCAAUGGCGGGCGAGGCGCCAGUCCCAGGAAAGGGCCCUGGGAAAGGAUCAGGCUUGAGCAAGAAACAAGAAAAGGCGAAACUCUGGUUUGCCAAGGGCGCUGCCCGGCGCCAGGAGCAGGCAAAGCGAAAAUGGCAGCAAACGUGGAACUGUCGGCCGGGCAGUCCAGUGGUGCUGGAGUGCUUCGCUGGCGAUGCAGUUUUCACAUUAGCCGUGAUGCUGUGUGAGAUGCCCUGCGCAGUUCCGUGGGACGUCAAGUUUGGUGAAUGCUGGGAUGUUCUAACGCACGGCAGUCUGCUGGUGGAGUGGGCACGGGCAGGAAAGCUGAAACAUGUCCAUUUGGGGACCCCAUGCCAAUCUAUGACAUGGGCCAGGUCACCGCAACUCCGAAGCGUGGAAUUUCCAUGGGGCUUGCCACAUCUAGCUCCUCACCAAGAGGAGCUCGUAAGCAAGGGCAACUUCUUCGUAGUAUUCACCGCAGAGCUUUGUGAGGCAUUGUGGGCAGCAGGCGCCACUUUCUCGGUGGAGAAUCCAGAGAGGUCAUGGCUAUGGAUCUUGCAUCCCAUGAGACGUAUCCGCGAACUGCCGGGGGUAGAGUUCUGUCUGCUGUUCUUUUCGGAUUUCAUGGUACCUUUUCGGAAGCCCACGCUCAUCCUGCACAAUACGGCAACAUGGCACCAGGUAUCGGAUCACUGCCACCCAUGGCCAGGGCCAUUGUGCACCCUCCGUGGUCAGGUCCAUUUCGAAGGCAAGCUCGUGUUCAAGACACACCUGGCGCAGACAUAUCCACCUCUGAUGUGUUUGCGCUUGGCAUGGUUGUUGAGGGAAGCGUGGACCUCGCAUCCAGGGGCGCCCCAAGGCACUGGGGCUCAGCUAUCGACAGAGCUGGUGGAGGUUGCGGCUGUUACCAGAAGACCUCCUUCCUUGGGCCCUUUCCUGGUCCCAUUUGGACUCGGAGCACCUGUAGGCUUGUCCCCUGAAAUGCAUGUGGAGUUUGCGCGACAGGUCAAGCACCCCGCGUCUCAACUGCGUGAAUUUCCGCAAGAUGUCCUUGAUGCCAUUGAGUUUGAAGGUAGCAGUUCUGCUGAAGAAAUCGACGCCUUUCGUUCUAACGUCUUGCAUCGAGUGUGUCAACUGGCAAGCCAACUUCAGGAUGAACAGGCCAGAUGGGUGGCAGAUGCUCCAGCGGCAAUUCAAGGUUUGGUGGCUCGCAUUCACGGGCCACUGUGGGAGGCAUUGUUGCAAACAGCUCACGUGCAGGCUCCCGAUUUUCUGAGGUCGUUGCGCGAAGGCUUUCCAAUUGUCGGCACAGUGAGCGACCUCCGUGAGCGCCGAGAAUUUCUCAAUCUGGCUGUGUUAAAGGCUUUCCGCAGGGUGCCCAUCAAGGCAGAUCAACUUGAGUUUGCGUGGGGAGUGUGGGCACACCAAGGCGUGCUCUGGGUGGCUCAGCACCUCGCAACCCAGUUUGGCACGAUCGGUGCAGUGUAUUCCUGGCACCGGGUGGGCUACCUGUUGAAGCUCCUAAUUGCGCGCCUCUUCCUCGUUCCCGCUAGCAGGUAUGUGGAUGACUUCUUCGGGGCAAACAGAGCUGGGGUGGCGCUCACGGGUGGUGUCGUUCUCUCCAUUCUGGCAUCCUUGCUUGGGUUUCCAUGCGAUGAAGGAAAAGACUCAGACCAUUCAACCGCAAUGACGGUCCUGGGAGCUUUGUGCACGCUGUCCUUUGCUGACAGAGUGUUGUUCACGCGAGUGGAUUUGGAGAAAGCUGCCAAGUAUCAACGUCAAUUACGUGAGAUGUUGACGACCCAAGUGUGUACCCCCGGAGACGCAUCAAAGCUGGCGGGCAGGCUUAGCUUCUCCGUGAGCGUGAGUGGGAACCGCGUGGGCAGGGCCUACAUCAAGCCAUUCUUCGCACAGGCGAAUGCUCCGCUGCCACGAAAUCAGGUAUCGCCCCGAAUGGCGCAGUCAGCUGAUUGCCUCAGCGAGAAGCAGCUGCAAGGGUCGCCCUCAGUGCGUGUCUUGGUCAGAUGCGGCUGGGCCGAGUAG